GGCGCAGCGCCCGGUGUGUGACCUGUUUCCGGUGUGGAAGGAUGUGGCCGCCUUGCAGGUCACUGCGUAACUUGGCUCUAGCCUUGGCGAGAUCGCAGGGAGCUCGGACCUGCAGUGGGGACGAACGUGUCUCCUACACACAGGGUCAAAGCCCGGAGCCCAGAACCCGCGAGUAUUUCUACUACGUGGAUCACCAGGGCCAGCUUUUCCUGGAUGACUCCAAAAUGAAGAACUUUAUCACCUGCUACAAAGACCUGCAGUUCCUGGUUACUUUCUUCUCCCGUCUGAGACCGAACCACAGCGGGCGCUAUGAGGCUUCCUUCCCCUUCCUCUCUCUCUGCGGCAGAGAGCGUAACUUCCUGCGCUGUGAAGACCGGCCCGUGGUCUUCACGCACCUGCUGGCCCCCGAUAGCGAGUCCCCUCGCCUCUCCUACUGCGGCGGCGGCGAGGCCCUGGCCAUCCCCUUUGAGCCGGCUCGCUUGCUACCCCUGGCGGCCAACGGGCGCCUGUACCACCCGGCACCGGAGCGCGCAGGCGGCGUCGGCCUAGUGCGCUCGGCCCUGGCCUUCGAGCUCAGCGCCUGCUUCGAGUACGGACCUGAAUCACCCACGGUCCCCUCUCACGUGCACUGGCAAGGUCGCCGCAUCGCCCUAACUAUGGAUCUGGCCCCGCUGCUGCUCGCCGCCCCGCCGCCCUGAGCCUCCAGCCGGGGCUGGGUGGGGAGGUUUAGGGCAAACACUGGGCUUUGUAGUACUCGCAGGUUACCCUUCGGUCCCAGACUUCCAGGUCGACCCAAAUGUCCCCAGUCACCUGCACGCCUGUGACUGAGUGCGCGUGCGCGCAGAGGUGCGCCUUGGGCCUCGUUAGGUUGGCGCUGUCCAAGGUUCUGGUGCGGUCCGGCUAUUCUCGGUCUCUACAGCGGUCCCCUCUCCGCCACCUCUAACCCUUACAACUGGUCUUGCAUCCCACGGAUUGGCCUGCUCUGGUCACGUCAGGCUGGGCGGCAGGCGCAAGGCGCGCGUGGGCCGGUGCGCGUGCGCGCCCACCCCCACCCCCCGCCGCUUCUCCAGUCUAGCAGCCGCAAGCACCGCGGGGAGUCGCUCGCCACUGGAGCAGGUGAGGGGGGGGGGGUUCCGGGCCCAAGGUCACCAGGCUUGGGGGCGGGAUCGGGAUCCUUUAGGUUCUGACUGCUACCAAGUAAAGGUCAGGCUCUCUGGCAGCGGGGAUGGGGGGGGGGUGGAAACCACGCCCUCUGUGAGCAGGCUUGGACCCACUGGAGCGGGAGGGCUAGGUUAGGGGAGGUAGUGCUGGUUUAAAGCGCCUCUGAUCUCAAGGGCUGCCAGGACCUCAGCUGGGGCUUCGCACUGCGCCCGCCCGAGGGAGGGACACUCCACCCACCUUCUUCCCGCCUAGAUGAGCCCUCAGCAGACUGACACCCCACUCCUGCAUAGGAUUAGGGGUUUGUGUCCUGAUAAAAGGAUUUCUGGGCUUAUCUAGUAAGGGGCCCUCAUUCCUGUCGUGGCUGAUGCACAUCUGGGAGUCCGCAUGAGCAGCAGCUCUGAUCCCUAGUGCACAGAUCAAGGCUUUGCUACUGAAGGCUGGACAGAUGCGCAAGGCCUGGAGCCAGGGACCAACCAGUCAUUCGUGCUCCAGGAAAUUAAACCCAGAAGCCUAGCAAACGUCCCAGCUUCUUGGGCUCCGCAUGUCCUGAGAUAUCUAGGAACUGCCUUUGCCUGCGCCAAAGCUAUUCCAUUAAAACUCUACUGCUCUCCUGCCUCA